AUGUCCGCUCUCUCGGCAGCGGUCUACGACUCGCUCAACGCCACCUCGGCCAAAGCGUACGCUGACAUUGGCGCGCUGUAUGUGACGCCGACGCCCCCCAAGUGGCAAGGGCUCCAGUUCUAUGGCGGCAACCCGUUGUGUCUCGAAGGGUCUUCGCCGUCAUCGUUUGUUCUAACGUCAUUUCUGAUCGCGGACGACUGCUCCGUGACGACGUCCGCCUACCUCUUUAUUGAACCCACCGCGAUGGUCAUGGCACUCGCACUUGUGAAUGAUUCGGUCGCGAGUAUUUGUGAGACUUCCACGUGGUGCAGCGGAUCGCUCACGCCCGCCGCCGCGCUCGCAGCGGCGGUGCCUCUCGACGAGCAACUAGUGAUGGGGGCCGCGUCCGCCGUGGCGUUGCUCAACGUGAGUCUCAUGCAGUUUGCGCUCGACGCAACGACGUGGCGGCUGCUUUUGCAGCCGCUGCUCGAUUCGUCCUCGUUUGCGUUCUACGGCUGGGUGAUUCUCUUCGAGUGGGUGCGUGGCGAGCGCGAAGUGAUCUCGUUUCAAGGCGACAACGGGACCCUUGUUCUCAUAUCCGAUAUUUACGACACGCGUUUACGUACGCCUAGCAGUGCAGGACUACAGCGAUCGUCCAUUGGCGUCUCCUACAUGUUGGUCUACGCCAACUUGCUACUGGCAAGCAUCACGAUGAUCGCGCUUCUCGCAGCCACAUUGACGCGUGACAUGGUCGUCGUCACGAACGUGUUGGCGUUCAGUCGCGUCGCUGGCUCGACAUGGCUCGGGCGGCCUCUUCUGUUAUUGCGAGGUGCGACCGCGAUUGUGCUCUUGAGCUCCAGCAGCACAGUCGUGAAGCGGCCAUUCAACGUUUUCGCACAGUUGACACUCGACGCGCGACCACUUUUCAUGACUCUCUUGUUUGCGUGGGAAGCUACGUGGGUGGGCUAUGCUCUCCACGAGCUCCUGCUGCCGUGCUCUGUGGCGAACGUCCGCACCAUUGGUAUGCUCGCGACAGGUCUUGGCUGGCUUUGUAUGGUUCUCGUCGAUGUCACGUGGCCCGUGCUGGCGACAGCCACGGUCUCUCGGUCGUGUAGCGGCGACUACUCUGCCGUUGUUUGCGACAGCAUUGUCGUGGAGCUCGGCAACUUCCAUCGCAUCUUGCUACUCGGUAGUCUAGCAUGCGGCUUUGUUCUUUGUUUUUCGCUCUUGCAGCCUUACCUGAAAACGACCCGGCACCCGCCGGUGCUCUGGCGCGACGCACGGCUCUCCAUGGUCGGUCACGCGUUUCUCGCGCCGCAGCUCGAUCUCGUCGCCCGCCUCUCAUCGGGCCUCAUUCCGCUUUCGAACCAAAGCGUCUUGGACCUCAAGCUCUGGCGGUUGCUGAACACGUCGCCAACGGUGACGCUUCCGUCAUCUCCAGCAGCAGCUCGUACCUCGGACUCGCCCAAACCCUCUUGGUGA